CUAGUGUAUUUCUGCGGUCGUUCAUGGGCAGUCGAAUUCUUGAGAUCGGUAAAUUCGUAGCGCUUCUGUAUGGGGCGCCUGUAGCGUACCUGGCUGACAUUUUGGCCUAACGAUCAACAUUAAUGACUUAAGCCUAAUUUGCUGCUAUGUGUACGGAAACUACACGAAAAAAUCUGAGGUACACCACACCGAGACGUGUGGACGAUCUUUCUCUAAACAUCGCUCGGGACGAUUAGAAGUCAAUCGAGGACCUUCCAGCCAUUUGCCUGACAAAACAUUGGGAUCUUGGGAAAGAUGUUUCCUCUCCAGAAGAACUACCCGACAUGAACACUGUGCACUAAACUUGGAGAACCACCUUCUCGGUGGGAGGAGCGGGGCCGCCCCGAGGAGGAGGAGCCAGUCCAUGGGCCCAUCCCGGGGCCGCUGAUCCCCGCCCACCUGUUGCAUUGCCCUCAGUUCACCAUGAUGAACGGUGAAGGAGGCCCCAAUGUGCCCAUCACUACCCUCGCAGGCAUCCAGAGCAUCACCGAGCUGCUGCUGGAGCUGCCCCUACCCACUGCCCUGUCAGGGACCCAGCGGUCGCUGCUGGCGCCCCAGCAGAUAGAAGAGGCGAGGCGCAUCCUCACCGCACCCCUGGACACUCGUCUCCUGCCCCCUCUCAUUGAGGCCCUGGGGCACACGCCCGGCGUGGAACAGCUGGAACUGGAAGAUGACGUCGCCGGAACGCCGCCUCCGCAGGCGUGCUCGCAGCUGCUGCAGCACCUGCUCGCUCGGGGCAUCUUCAAGGGCCCGUCGCCGUGGCAGAACGCGCAGGCCGCGCUUCCGAACCUCGGUACCGAAGGCGUGCAGUUUGACGGGAACUUCUACCCCAACGUUCCGCAGCCACCGACGCCCCAUUUCACCGCGCCGUUGGGUGACGCGGGGUUUCUGGACGGUGGACAGUUUUCGCCCAAGUUCCAGCAGCAGCAGGCUCCAGGGGUGUCUCCCAUGACACCCGCGAGUUUCUAUUCCAACGGCAACUGUGUGUCACGCGACAAACGAACAGAGAGUGCUGUGUUGAGCGGUCAGGCGGUGCUGUCGCCCCCGACCGCCGUUCAGUGUGAGGCACCGGCGGGGGUGUCCGGACAGAACGCGGUGACGCCGAAGACGCCGAUGGAAGCGCUGCAGACUACACCUCCGCCAGCCCCGCCAGCCAAAGAACCGAGGAGAAACCAGGUUGUGAACAACAUCGACGUCGAGAGCAAACGCCCGCAGAGGGCAGUGGCGUCGUCGCACGUGCCGGAACCCACGAGGAAGUCGCCCCAGAAGGCGACUUCCAAGACGGACCCGAAACGGACAGCGAGAAAUUCGGCGAGGGAGAACAAUCGCAUCGUGUCUUCAUCCGAGGACGAAGAAAUUCAGCCCGUCAAAAAGAAGAAGAAACCGAGGGAUGGGGAACGAUGCGGCAAGGUAGACCAGAAGAAGAACUGCAACCGAACGCCACCGAAAAGCGAGCGGUCGAGUAUGGACAUAUACGCCAGCUCACUGAGCGAGCGCGUGAAGAACAGGAGAAGGACGAGCCAAAAAGCCAAAUAUGCAGAAUCGCGUUCGGCGAGCGACGGGGAACACUCCGCCUUCGAACCCGAGGAGGAAGUGGAGCAGCCUCCGCGAGAGAGAGUUCCCAAACCGGUCAAGCCGAAGAAGGUGAAGAAAGAGCCUGCUCCCGCACCACUUUCUUCCGAGGAAAUGAUGGAGAGCAACACCUAUCAGCGGUUCACUCGAACCGUCGAAGCCAUCUUCGACGCCAUGGAAGAAGUGGACCUCACGCAGGAACUGGACGACGAGGUGGACUGCCCUUCGGAGGCGCUCGUCUCGGCCGGACUACUUAGAGAUCUGUGUAAUGAAGCGGCAAAGCUGAAAGUGCUGCAGGGUACCAGCCAGGUGCCGCAGGAACGGAUCAACAAGCUGAUGGCCAUCCUGGAGAGGAACAUCAUAGACGGCUCGAGGUUGUGUCCCAUCGAGAACCCUCACGAGGACCCCGAUGACGACGAGGGACGUCUGUGGCUGGACCUCGUCAUGGAACGAAUCAACCGUAGUACCGACGCUUCUCUCACAGUACUCUACAUCACCACGUCACCAAACAUGACCACCAAGCUGUUUCUGGAAGACAUCCUCGAACGAGUGGUGACGUUUGCGAAGUUUCAGAUCCAGAACACGGUCUACCCGGUGUUUGACCCAGUGUACCGCACGGACUCCAGGGGGAAGGACGGCUGCGUGACCAGCAUCAAGCAGAAGCGAGCCCACGCGACCCACCGUGUGCGCGAGAAAUGGGUGCUGUCCCUCUACAACAAGCUGCACGAACUAGUGGGCCUGAUGGCGGAAGUGCUGGAAAAUCAACGACUCACCGACACGUUGGUGCUGCAGAUAUCUGCCUUGGGUGUCGGGCCUUUCUUCGUGGAAGGCGUGAGCGAGCUGCAGCUGCACGCCCUGCGGCUGGUGACGACCAUCUUCGCGCAGUACGAGAAGCACCGGCAGCUCAUCCUGGAAGACAUCCUGGCAUCUAUAGCGCGGCUGCCAACUAGCAAACGCAGCUUACGCAACUACAGGCUGAACUCUGAGGAGCACAUCCAGAUGCUGACGGCGCUGGUGCUCCAGCUGAUACACAGCGUGGUGAAACUUCCUGAUCCGCGGCCGCCCGACCCCGGGGGCGGGGGCAGCAACGACAGGAUCGAGGAAGCGAACAAGGAGAAAGAGGACAAGUGCGCGGUCGACUCGGACGUCCUCAUCGUGACAUCGUACGAGGCUGCGGUUCGCACUGCCAUCAACUUCCUCUCGGUGUUCCUGAAGAAGUGCGGUACUAAAAAUGAGGACAUGGACUAUCGGCCAGUGUUUGAAAACUUUGUGCAGGACCUGCUGAGCACAGUGAACAAACCCGAGUGGCCAGCCGGUGAACUGGUGCUCAGCCUGCUGGGUUGUCUCCUGGUGCAGAACUUUAGUAACAAAUCCCUCGACAUGUCGCUCCGAGUGUCGUCGCUGGACUAUUUGGGCGUCGUGGCUGCCCGGUUGAGGAAAGAUGCAGUCACGAGUCAGAUCAAGAAAGAAACCAUCGACGACAUACUACGGCAGAUUGAAGAGGACGAGGAAGACGAUAUGCCACUGACGUCGUUGUCAAGGGGCAAGAAGCACAGCAAGAGGCCGAAUACAUCAACGUCUCGAGACGAGAUUCAACUCUUACAAAGGGCUUUGUUACACUACCUCGAUGCUAACCUGGAAAGUGCUCCUUCCCUUCAGUUCACCAGGAAGUUUUACAUUGCACAGUGGUAUCGAGAUGCUCUGGCAGAAGCAAAGGCGGACCGUAACAACAAGGACAACAAAGAUAGUAAAGACGAGGAGCAGAGCAAGACAAGAACAAACAACCGCCAAGUGAGGAAUAAGAGGAAAAAUUGCGAGAAGGUGGUGGAGGAGGAAAGUGAGGAGGAAGAUCAGGAUGACAUGGAGGAAAGGGAAAAGAAGGAGAGCAAGGACGAGGCAAUGCAGAAGGCACUGGCACUAGCGGAGGAACGAAAGCGUUUCCUCCUGCAGGCAGCGCACCCGGAGACCUGCGGCCGUGGCCUGCGGGUGGAGACCCUGGACCAGGCGACCGCGGAGCUCAUAUCUCGGUUCCUCGCGUCGAGACGUCCCUUCUCCCAGAGCUUCGACGUGUACUUGAGCCAGAUCCUGCGUGUGCUGGGCGAAUCUGCCGUGGCCGUACGAACCAAAGCCAUGAAGUGCCUGACGUUGGUCGUCGAGGCCGACCCCUCCAUCUUGGGCAGACCGGACAUGUGCCACGGGGUCCACGGGCGGCUCCUGGACCAUUCGACGAGCGUCCGCGAGGCAGCGGUGGACCUGGUCGGCAAAUUCAUCCUCGUUCGCCCAGAGCUCACGCACAAGUAUUACGACAUGCUAACGGAAAGGAUCUUAGAUACAGGGGUCAGUGUACGGAAGAGGGUAAUCAAAAUACUGAAAGACGUCUGCCUGGAGCAGCCAGACUUUGAGAAGAUUCCGGAGAUCUGCGUGAAGGUGAUACGGCGUGUCAACGAUGAGGAUGGGAUCCGCAAGCUUGUGGGGGAAGUGUUCCAGAGCAUGUGGUUCACACCUCAGCCCAACGAAGAGCGGAUGCUGCAGAAGGUGCGGCAUAUCACCCACGUCGUGGCAGCGUGUCGUGAGAUGGGACUGGAGUGGUUAGAACAGCUGCUGAACAACCUCUUGAAGAACAAAGAGGACAACCACUACAAGGCUGUGCUGCAGUCCUGCAGACAGAUCGUUGACUGUCUCGUGGAGCACGUCCUGGAGCUCGAAGAGGGCAUCGCCGCCGGUGGAGCGUCUCAGCACCUCGUCGCCUGUCUUACAACCCUGUACUUAUUCAGCAAGAUCAGGCCGCAGCUGCUGGUGCGGCAUGCCGCAACCAUUCAGCCAUACCUCAGCAUGCGUCUCGUAGGUCCUUCGGACUUUUUGGUGCUCCAGAACGCGACGCGCUGCCUGGAACUGGUGGUGCCCCUCAUGGAGCACCCAAGCGAGGCCUUCCUCGCGCAGGUUGAAGAGAGCCUCGCCAAGCAGCUUCUGCGGCACGGUCUAGCCCUCCUGCCCACGACUGUCUCCUGCUUGGGGGCUGUGGUCAACAGGGUGACCAAGAACUACCAACUGGUGCGGGACUUCUUCCACAAAUUCCUUCUCUUGCUCGGUUUCCUGAAGCAGAACCACGAGACCGGACAGCCGUGCGAGAAGCCAAAGCUACAGCGCUGCCUCUACACCCUCGGACUUCUGUGCAGACAUUUUGAGCUGGAACACCUGGAGGCAGAAGAUGGAAACUCGACCGGCGCCGUAAAUGACGGACGACCCUUGCGUGACCGCGUGUUCGAAGCGGUGAUUCACUUUACGAGGCACGAAGACGAGGACGUGCGCAUCAAGGCCCUGACGGGGCUGGGUUUUCUCCUGGUGAGGCACCACGACCUCAUGUUGGGGCCCGAGGUGAAAGAGCUGUACCGUUACCUCCUGGGGAACCUGGGGUGCCCCGCCGUCGAGCGCUGUCAGGUGCUGAAGAACCUGACCGCCUACCUGUUCGAAGAGGAAGCGCGGAUGAUUCAGAAAGAUGCAGAAUGGAGCAGGGUGUCCAAGGAGGAGAACCUGAAAGAGAUGGGGGACGUGUCGUCCGGCAUGGCCAGUACCGUCGUGCAGGUCUACCUGCGCGACAUCCUGACGUCGGUGACGAGCUCCGAGCUGAUAGUGAGGAGGGCAGCCCUGCACGUCAUCCAGCUCAUCAUGGGUCAGGGCUUAGUGCACCCGGUACAAAUGGUGCCCCACCUGGUCUGCCUGGAAUCGGACGACGACCAGCCACUCCGUACCAAGGCGGACCAGCUGCUGCAGGACCUGGAGAAGAAGUAUCCCGGCUUCGUACAGAUGAAGGCCAUCGCGGGAGUGCGCAUGGCUUUCCAAGUUCAUCGAGACAUUCAGCGCAACAGUGGUGCAGUGCGGGGUUACAGGGAACCUCCUCAAGGGAGCAACGAUGCUCCCGCCAGCCGGCACGGCUUCCUCUACACGGUGCUUCGGGCAACGCGUCAGAGUCGGCGGGCAUUCCUGCUGGCCUUGUUGAAGCUCUUUGAUGAACACACUCGGACGCCACUCUCUGAACUGCUGUACGUGGCCGACAACAUAGUGUACUUCCCGUACCAAGUCCAGGACGAGCCGCUCUUCGUGAUGCAUCACAUCGACGUCCUGCUGUCGGUGUCCGGAUCGAACCUGCUGCAGAGCUUCCGGGAGGCCCUGCUGCCCCGCAACAACGGGACGCAGCCGGAAGAGGAUGAUGAUGAUGAUGACGACGUCGGUUCGUUGUGCGCGAGGCUCCCGGAAGAUAGGUCGGUGUUGAGAGACAGCAUGGUGGCGGCGCAGGCAUGCAUGCUGCUGCUGUUUGUCAAGCAGACCCUCAAAGACACGUACGGCUUCACGGACGGCCGGAUACAGCAAUACUCUCCCAACGAAUCCGCCAAGACCUACGAGAAGACGUUGAACCGAAAGUCGGGAGUGAGGUUCAAGCCGGCGCCGGCCCUCGAAGCGUUGCAGGCCGACGAGAACUCGGUGCCCGACGGGGAAGAGUUGGUGCAGCGUUACCUGGACUUCAAGCAGCUGAUGUUGACGAUAGACCCCGACGAGGACGGCGACGACGAUAAUCCGAGACCUCCCCCUCCGCCCGGUUUUCCUCUACCUCAGUCCAGCGCAGCGGAAGGAGGAGAGGACGCGACGAGAACACCCAAACAGAGGCUGCCGCCGACGACACCAAGCGGCAGUUCGAGGCCCCGUGUGGGGCGGCCGCCCAAGAGUGCGAGGGCGCUGGUGCCGCCGGUCAAGAAGAAACCGCGGAAAAAACGGAAACGUGUUGUGUGUUCGGACGAGUCGAGCGACAACGAAGACAGCGAUCCGUCGUUCGGCGGAGACUGAUCACUGUCGCGGAACGGGGCUGUACAGUUCUGGGUGGGGGGUUAACAGACGACUCUAUUUUGAAAGAAGUGCGCUCGAAUGACGUCGGAGGGACCAGUCUGUGCCGGAUCUCGCCAUGUGGAGACGACGUCCUAACUUAUUUAUUGCGAGGACCCUUUUUAUACGUUGGUGGCCACGACGGUUCGUUUUCUUCAUCAGGACGGUCGCGGCACUGUGCCGCGAAAAAGUGCGUGUACACAUAUUCCAUAAGAUGGCAUCGUAUCUCA